CCCACGCUGGAAAAAUUGAACAGAGAGAGAGCCAGAGAGGGAAAAGAAGGAGAGCGCAAAAAGACUGAGGAAUCAACCGACUGUGCUGUGGCUGGUGUCUCAACCCAAGCAGACCAAGAGGAGGCUUGGAGAAGACUUGGCCCCGGCCGGCUGAGCUGACUGACUUCCCUCCCUCCUCUUUACCUGAUUCCUCUCCCCGCCCCCAGCUUUGCUUCUUGCUGGCUCCCUUUCUCCUUUUAUGAAGAGGAGACGGGUGGGGGGUUGAAAAGGACAGGCUGGGAACCGGAAGAUCCUGCCGGCGUGGGACCACAGAGCCAAGGAGGGGGGUCUCCGGACAAGGAAGAUUGGAGCGUCCCUUUUUUUCCGUGGCUGCUUCCAAACCUGGGCAACUUCAGAGCGUUGACUUGAUAAAGAGGCUGCUUGCUUUGGGGGACUGAAUUGAGAAGCGGACCACAGAGGUGAACAUCAAAACUACCAGUUUCAAUAGAUUAUCUCAACACACCUCUCUCCAAGGCUGGCAUAGAAACUUCUGGUCCAUCUCAAGAAAAUGAGGGGUGAUGGCGAAAACAUAAUUCUAAGGAAUAUUCUGGUUGGUCUCAACUUAAUGCUGCUGGGAUCGAUCUUCAGACCCUUUGAAUGCACACUAGAAGUGACAACAGAGAGAGUCAAAAGGCAGGUCUCUGAUGAGGAUGGCACCUUUGCCAACUACACAUCGCCUGUCAAAGAACAGCCCAUGGUCUUCAGUCAUAUAUACAAUAUCAAUGUGCCUCUGGAGAGCCUUUGCUCAACAUCCAUAGAGGCCUCGUCGGACCCGGAGGUGAGUUCGGAGGACGACCGGAUGACGGAAUACACCGAGCAGACCUCGGACAGUGAGAGCCAGGUCACCUUCACCCACAGGAUAAACCUCCCCAAACAGGCUUGCAAAUGUGCCGCCUCUUCCCGGGACAUCCAGGAGCUGCUGAGCAGGAUUGAGAUGCUGGAGAGGGAGGUGUCCAUGCUCCGGGACCAGUGCAACUCCAAUUGCUGUCAAGAAAAUGCAGCCACAGGACAGCUGGAUUACUUCCCUCAUUGCAGCGGCCAUGGCAACUUCAGCCUGGAAUCGUGCGGCUGUAUCUGCAACGAAGGCUGGGCUGGGAAGAAUUGCUCAGAGCCUCUUUGCCCCAUGGGCUGCUCAAGCCGGGGAGUGUGCGUGGACGGCCAGUGCAUUUGCGACAGUGAUUAUAGCGGGGAAGACUGCUCGGAGGCCCGCUGCCCGACCGACUGCAGCUCCCGGGGACUGUGCGUGGACGGGGAAUGCAUCUGUGAAGAAGGUUUUGCCGGAGAAGACUGCAGCGAGCUGAGGUGCCCUGGAGACUGUUCAGGGAAAGGAAGCUGUGCCAACGGGACGUGUAUCUGCCAGGAGGGCUAUGUGGGAGAAGACUGCGGGCAGCUGAGGUGUCUCAAUGCCUGCAGCGGGCGUGGAUUCUGCCAAGAGGGUCUCUGCUCAUGUGAGGAUGGCUACCAAGGGCGAGACUGCUCAGCAGUUGCCCCACCAGAGAGUCUACGUGUGGCUGCAAUUAGCGACAGAUCGAUUGACUUGGAAUGGGAUGGGCCAAUGGCUGUGACAGAAUACGUCAUCUCCUACCAGCCCGCAGUACCUGGAGGGUCACAGCUGCAGCAGAGAGUGCCUGGGGACUGGAGCUCUGUCGCCAUCAAGGAGCUGGAGCCGGGCCUUACGUACAAUAUCAGCAUCUACGCUGUCAUCAGUGAAGUACUCAGCGCCCCUGUUAGUGCCAAGGUUGCCACCCAACUCUCCACCCCAGAAGAUCUGCAGUUCAAAACCAUCACAGAGACUACUGUGGAAAUGCAGUGGGAGCCCUUCUCCUUUGCAUUUGAUGGCUGGGAGAUCAGCUUCAUCCCCAAGGACAACGAGGGGGGUGUCAUUGCGCAGCUUCCAAGCAGUGUGACAACCUUCAAUCAGACAGGUCUGAAACCAGGAGAAGAGUACACGGUCAAUGUGGUUGCGCUCAAGGAGCAAGCCCGGAGCCCCCCAGCCUCAGCAAGUGUUUCAACCUUAAUCGACGGACCAACGCAGAUAUUGGUGCGAGAUGUCUCCGACACAGUGGCCUUUGUUGAAUGGACUCCACCUCAUGCUAAAGUGGACUACAUCCUGUUGAAAUAUGCCCUAGAGAAUGGAGAAGGGGGGAAGACCAUCUUUCGGCUACAGCCUCACCUGAGCCAGUACUCCAUGCAAGCUCUGCGGCCUGGCUCCCGGUACGAAGUUUCUAUUACCGCUCUCCGUGGGACCAACGAGAGUGAUGCUGCAGUCACUCACUUUGUAACAGAAAUUGACGCUCCCAAAAACUUGCAUGUGCUCUCCCGGACUUCGGAUAGCUUGGAACUUGAGUGGGACAACAGUGAAGCAGAGGUGGACAGCUUUAAGAUAGUGUACAGCACACUGGCUGGAGAGCAGUACCACGAGGUACUGGUGCCACGGAACCCAGGUGCCACAACCAGGGCGACCCUUAAAGAUCUGAUACAAGGCACAGAGUAUGGAAUUGGGAUUUCAGCCGUAAUGGAUGGCAAACAAAGUGUUCCAGCUACCAUGAAUGCGCGGACUGAGCUCGACAGUCCUCAUGACCUCAUUGUGACCGCUUCCACAGAGACCUCCAUCUCUGUAUCCUGGACCAAAGCCAAGGGUCCCAUUGAUCACUACCGAGUCACCUUCGUCCCUGCCUCAGGAAUGGCAUCUGAGAUUACCGUGCCCAAAGAGAACUCUGAGCUUACCCUGUCAGACUUGGAGCCUGGGACAGAGUAUACCAUUUCUGUUAUUGCAGAGAGAGGCCGUCAGCAGAGCCAAGAGAAGACAGUAGAUGCAUUUACAGGAUUCCGACCAAUCACACAGCUUCACUUUUCUCACGUGACUUCCUCCAGUGUGAACAUCACUUGGAGUGAUCCCUCUCCUCCAGCAGAUAAGUUGAUAUUGAACUACAGCCCCAGAGACAAAGAGGAAACCAAGCAAGUGAUGUUGGACCCCACCAAGAGACAUGCCUCCUUGACUGGUCUACAACCAUCCACAGAGUACAUUGUGUCCUUGGUGGCUGUGCAUGGCCCCAUCAGCUCUGAGCCCAUCAUCGGCUCCAUCACAACAGGGAUUGAUCCACCAAGGAACCUGACCAUUGACAAUGUGACUACAGAUUCUGUGACCAUCCACUGGGCUUCUCCUAUUGCAUCUUUUGACCACUACAGAAUAGCCUACAAAUCUGCUCAAGGACGAGUGGACAGCAUCGUCAUUGCCAAGCGGGUCACUGAAUACACCCUCAGCCACCUCCAGCCAGCCACAGAGUAUGAGAUCAGCUUGAAGAGUGUGCGGGGCAGAGAGGAAAGUGAACCCCUCUCCCGCAUCAUGUACACAGCCAUGGAUAAUCCAGACAGCUUAACUGCCAUCAACAUCACCCCAACAGAAGCUCUGCUGAAGUGGGAACCGCCUGUGGCUGAAGUUGAGAAUUAUGUCAUCGUGCUCACACACCACACAGUUGCAGGAGAGACUAUUUUAGUAGAUGGGAGCAGCCAAGAGUACAAACUUAUCAAUUUACUCCCUACUACCAGCUACAGAGUCACCAUGUAUGCCACCAACGGGCCCGUCACGAGCAGAACAAUUUUCACCAAUUUUACCACCCUUCUGGAUCCUCCGUCAAAUCUGACCGCAAGUGAAGUGACACGACGGAGUGCCCUCCUUUCGUGGCUGCCCCCCUUGGGGGAGAUUGAGAACUACAUCCUGACUUAUCGGUCCCCUGAUGGAAGCCGCAAGGAGCUGAUUGUAGAUGCAGAGGAUACCUGGAUCCGCCUAGAAGGGCUCUCUGAAACCACACAGUACACCGUGCGCUUGCAAGCUGCCCAGGAUGCUUUCAGAAGUGGGUUCACCUCCACUGUCUUCACAACAGGAGGCCGUGUGUUUAUGAAUCCCCAGGACUGUGCCCAGCAUUUGAUGAAUGGCGACACAUUGAGCGGCGUGUACACCAUCUUUCUCAAUGGAGAUCUCAGCCAGAGAGUGCAAGUGUAUUGUGAUAUGACAACGGACGGGGGUGGAUGGAUUGUGUUCCAGAGGCGACAGAACGGGCUGACAGAUUUCUUUCGGAAGUGGGCAGAUUACCGUACUGGCUUUGGAAACCUUGAGGAUGAGUUCUGGCUGGGGUUAGACAACUUGUACAAGAUCACAUCGCAGGGACGUUAUGAACUACGGAUAGACAUGAGAGAUGGCCAAGAGACAGCUUACGCCUAUUACGACAAGUUCUCCAUUAGCGAUGCCAGGAGUUUGUACAAGCUGCGCCUCGGGGAUUACAAUGGCACUGCUGGGGAUUCGCUUACCUAUCAUCAGGGGCGCCCAUUUUCUACGAAAGAUAGAGACAAUGACGUUGCUGUCACAAAUUGUGCCAUGUCCUACAAGGGAGCCUGGUGGUAUAAAAAUUGCCACCGGACCAACCUCAAUGGCAAAUAUGGCGAGUCUCGACACAGCCAGGGUAUUAACUGGUAUCACUGGAAAGGCCACGAGUUCUCCAUACCGUUUGUGGAAAUGAAGAUGCGUCCCUACAACCACCACAACACCUUGGGGAGGAAACGGCGGUCCGUGCAGCUGUAAAGUGGCUGGAAUCCCUCUGGACAAGCAGUCUUUCUUCUGUCUUUUAUUUGUAUUUUAUAACCUAAAAAGGAAAGAGCGAAAGUAAUCCUGGAAUAGACAGCCCACUCCAUGCUGAGGGAGGCCAUGAUGCCUCCGAGGGCUGGCUCACUUUGGUAAGAGAACGACUUCGAUGCUUUGCUAUCAUACCCAGUGACUUAUUGAGUUCCUGCCCAGCCCAACCUCCUGUACUGCCGAAAAGAUGGAGUUCUGUUUUGUUGCUCCCUGUUGAACCUACUGGCUUCGUUUAAGGUUUUCUUCUUCACCCCGUUUCUGGUGUCAGCUGCUGCCUUUUCACGUCCAACCUGCUCUUCCAGAGGGUGCCAAGACCGAAAAUGGUUCCUGGGGGUCGCUGUUGCUUGUGCUGCUUCUCCACAAAUCAAGCAGGGCUCUCCCGGGAGAGUCGGCACAUGCCCGCUAGCCAGGGAAGAGAUUCCAAAGCCCAGGAUACUGACUUCAUCAACUUUCAAGAGGCCUCCCCACACGUGACAUCUUCCCAGACACAAAACAAGGGCUGUCACCCCCUGCAAAAAAAGAAAUAGUAACGUUCACAAGAAGUGGCUGGAGAUCUCCUGGGAUUACAACUGAUCUCCUGUUGAGAGGGAUUAGCUCCCCUGGAGGAAACGGCUGUUUUGGAAGGUGGAUUCUAUGGCAUUCUACCCCGUUGGUGUCCCUCCCUUUUCUGGCUCCACCCCCAAAAUCUCCAGGACUUUCCCAACCAACAGCUGGCAAGGUCGUGUUCAGAGAAGCAAACGACAGCUGACUAAUUGUGCUGUAGUCCUUUGGGGAGUGAGGGAUUAGGUAUAUAUGCGGAGAAGACCCUGUCUGCGGCUGAAGUGGCUCAGCCCAUAUACACAUUUGGCUGCUCCAAUUAACUCUAGAACCCCCCAACGUAAGACACUGCGCACAUUGAAAUAAUUGCACGUGGAAAGGGAACAGGCACAAACAUGCUGGCCACACACACACACCCCACUACCCAGUUACCCAUGAUCUGUGGCAUGUGAGCUUGGAAUCUAGGCAUGCAGAAAAUCUACAUGCUUGAGCUCCCUAUGAUCCCCACAACAUUCAAAGUCCUUUUCAGCUGUUAUAAUCAACGCUUAUUGUGAGAGUACUACCUACACACGAUAGAUCUUUGCCGACAAAGUUGCCACGUUGUGUGAACAGGGGCAAUGCAUGUAUUUACCAUUCAGUGUGAACUUGGGUACAUGUAAAUUCACAGGAUUUUUCAGGAUUUGCAUUCACAAAUUCAUGGCAAUGAUGCACAUGGCCCGGUGUGGUGUAGUGGAUAAGAGCAGGUGCACUCUCAUCUGGAGGAACCGGGUUUGAUUUCCCGCUCGGCCACUUGAGCUGUGGAAGCUU